AAGGCGUGGCCCAGCCCGUUGUCGGUGAGGUUGUAGCAGCCGCUCAGGUUGAGGCUCUCGAUCUCCGCCAUGCCCUGGAUCACGUAGCUGAGACUGCGCCGCAGCGAUAGGAUCUGAACCCUCCGGAUACCCCGGGCCGCCAGGCUGGGGAAGAGCGACGGGUUGGCGCGGCGCAGGUGCAGCUUGGCCUCCACGCCCCGCCACACCGAGCGAUGAUAGGCGGCGUCUCGCCAGGCCGUACACACCUGUGCCACCCGGCCCUUAUCCCGCACCUCCAGGUACCCGAAGAUCAUGGCCAGCAGCUCCGGGAACAGGCACGAGAUGUGCGUCUCCAUCGCCCGGGCCCGGCUCGCCUCUGACGCGCAGCCACCCGGGCCCGGCGGCGGCGCUCGCCGCGCCCGCCGGGGCCCUGACGCGGCUAAGGCUGCGCGACCCAGCCUCCGGGCCUCCGCACCAGCCGCCGCCGCUUGAUAGUCUUAGGGUGGGUCUCCUCGCCGGCCGCCGCCUUUCCUCCUCCUCCCCGCUGGCUGCGCGCUCUCUCUCUUCCUCGGCCGCAGCUUCCGGCUCGGGCCUCACAUCGCCACCGCCAGGGCAGACAAGGCGGGCGGCUCGGCCUCUCCUACUCUGCCAAAGGAAGGUCCUCCCGAGCCCGGCCUCUGGCGCGCAAAUGCCCUGGUCUCCCGCCGCCGGCUCCUCUUCUAUCCGCGCCACGCCAGGCAGGCCGCGUUGCCACUUCGCGUCUUUCCUGAGGCGGCCCCGAACCGCAUCGCGCUCAGUUCCGCGGGCGCUUUCUCUCCUCCGAGCGCCACCGCCUCUUCCUCCUUUGUCUUUUAGCCGCCGCCGCUGCCGCCAAGUGGCUUAGGCAGACCCCGCCGGCACGAGCGAGGGGCAGCCCACUCCGAGUUCCUGCUGCUGCCGCCGCUCCUCUGAGAAGAUUCGCCUUCCGCCCCGUUCGGCUCGGCAGCCUCCGACUCGCGCGCUCCCUCACUCGCUGCCAGGCCCCGGCGCCGCGCUCAGGCUGGGGGGGGAUAGGGAGGAGGAGACGACGACGGAGGAGGAGGCUGCUAGGCCGGGCCUGGCUCUGCUCUGCCACACCUCCCCGUGAAGCCUGCGCAGUGGUACGAUCCGGAACACUCAGAGCCGUCGCCUUAGCAACAGCGCCCCUUCCCCCCUCCCUUUUCCUUUCCUCUACCCGGUUGGAUUAACCCUUGCGCCAUCGCUCUCCAGCCUGCGAGGCUCUCUGUCUCUCAGCUUUCCUCAGAACCUGGAGUGGCCUCUGGAUUCACACGCGGCUCAGCCCUGGCCGGGGACUGCUCUGCCCUGCUGUUCUCCAAGAGUUGCUUAGGAGCUGGGGAAAUCCUGUCUGCUACUCUCACCAAAGCGCAGUGGGAGCUCUCAGGGAGCCCUGAUGAGUCCCAGCCUGGCCGGGCAAAGCCACGAGAGUCGCGGGAAGCGCACCAUGCCAGGGACGCGGCUGAUCCUCAGCCUGGCUCUCCUCUGCGGCUGCACGCAGCUCCUGGCUGAGGCCAGCUCCUGGUGGUCACUGGCUAUGAACCCAAUCCAGAGACCUGAGAUGUACAUCAUUGGUGCCCAACCUGUGUGCAGCCAACUGCCGGGGCUUUCCCCAGGCCAGAGGAAAUUGUGUCAGCUCUACCAGGAGCAUAUGGUAUACAUUGGUGAAGGGGCCAAGAAUGCCAUCAAGGAGUGCCAGUACCAGUUCCGACAGAGACGGUGGAAUUGCAGCACGGUGGACAACACAUCUGUCUUUGGCAGGGUCAUGAGCAUAGGUAGCCGAGAGACCGCAUUCACUUAUGCUGUUAGCGCUGCAGGGGUGGUGAAUGCCAUCAGCCGUGCCUGCCGUGAAGGGGAGCUCUCCACCUGUGGCUGCAGCCGGACAGCCCGGCCAAAGGACCUGCCUCGAGACUGGCUUUGGGGCGGAUGUGGGGACAAUGUGGAAUAUGGCUACCGAUUUGCCAAGGAAUUUGUGGAUGCCAGAGAGAGGGAGAGGAACUAUGCCAAAGGAUCGGAGGAACAGGCCCGCACACUCAUGAACUUACAGAACAAUGAGGCAGGUCGCAGAGCAGUGUACAAGUUGGCUGACGUCGCCUGUAAGUGCCACGGUGUCUCAGGUUCCUGCAGCCUCAAGACCUGUUGGCUGCAACUGGCUGACUUCCGCAAAGUGGGCGACCUCCUGAAAGAGAAGUAUGACAGUGCCGCUGCCAUGAGGAUCAACCGCAAAGGCAAGCUGGAGUUGGUGAACAACCGCUUCAAUUCACCUACUCCAGAGGACUUGGUCUAUGUCGAUCCCAGUCCCGACUACUGCCUGCGCAACGAAACCACGGGCUCCCUGGGCACCAAGGGCCGGCUCUGUAAUAAGACCUCAGAGGGCAUGGAUGGCUGUGAACUGAUGUGCUGUGGCCGGGGCUACGACCAGUUCAAGAGUGUGCAGGUGGAACGUUGCCACUGCAAGUUUCAUUGGUGUUGUUACGUCAAGUGUAAAAAGUGCACAGAGGUUGUCGAUCAGUAUGUCUGUAAAUGAAGGGCCUGCAAGAGCUACAAAUCUAUAUUAUAUAAAUCUUUAUAAAUCUAUUUUAUAUAUUUGUAUAAAUAAAUAGAUGGUGAUUAUGAUGAUAAUAAUUAAAGACAUUUAUUUAAGAGACUUUUUAAAUCUAAAAUGUUUCCAUUAGAACAGCUGGCUGGUUGGGCUGCUCCUUUGUCAAAUUAUUUAAUUGAGGAGCAAAGGGGUAGGGGGAAGAGAGCGAUUUGUGUCCUUGUGUGCUGGUUCCCUCCCACCCUUGACACAAUGCCUCUGGGAUAAAAGGGAAUCUUGAGGUUCCUUAAUGAAAAGGAUCUGCCUACAGCUCCUUUACCACAAAAACAGGAGACCAGGUACGUUUCCUUUCCUGCUUUAUAGCUGGAUUUCACAUUGGGUGUUCUGUGCUUUUUGGACACAGCCAAGGGAGUGCCAUCAAUGCUCAGGUUGAUUUCCAAAAGGACUUGGUGUCAUUUUCUGCUUCUUGUGAAAACACACUGUGGGAUACCAACCUGUAAGGUGAAUUACUUGUAUUUAAUGUUGGAAGUAUGACUUCCGAGGAAGGGUCUGUGCCUGCUGUGGUUGACAUGGGGAUUGAAGAGAGACUGUUGCACAAUGGUAGAUGGUUUCCCGCCGCCAGUGGGGGAAGGAAAAUAUUACCUUUGACCUAGAAGUGCUGCUUUAUCCUUGUAUAUCCUGAGAGAAACCGCAGCAUCUGGUUCUUCUACAUUUUGUGGAACACAGGAGGGGAAUCUAACGAAGCUCAGAAAAGACAAAACUGUCAAAGUAGUUUUGCCGAUUGGUCGAUUUCCUCCUUGUGGAAAUAGAACUGUGUUGUGUAUUGAUCUAACCUCAGGAUACAUGACAACUGGCAACAGGUCUCUUGAGACUAUUUGCAUUGUUUUGGGAAAAAGACUGCUUCGAUGUGAGUGUCUCUGGACUUGAGAGAAAAACAGACUUACACAGGAUUCCACAAACGUGACUCCUCAGUCUCCACAUGGACUCGGAUGGUCAUGCGUGUCAAGGGUUUUGUCAUCCUCUUUGCCGCUGUCCUCGAUGUACAGUUUCUUUUUAACAUUAAAUAUCCCUUGUUCUUGCCCUCUU